AAAAACCAUGCUUUUUGUUUCCAGAUGUCGAUGGAAGUGCUAGGAGGGUAGAGCACGUAGCGGGACCGGUACCGGCGGGGACCACGGCAAUGGACGGGCCUUUCCUUUGUGGGCGUGGGGUGCGGCAGCUAGCGGCGGUUGACGGUUUGGGCUGUCCUUUUGGCGGCGUUCGUGGGAGACUGGGGGAGUCAGAGGGGGUGACGACAACGACAACAACGCCGUGGCGCCGGCGACGCUACGUUGACCAAGCUGAGGCCCGUGCGAUGGCCAUGAUGCACUCCAGGUCGAAGAGCGUGCCGCGGAGUGCAGGUAGGCGAUGUCAGCACAUGCACUGCGGAGUCCGAGGCAUGUCGACAGUCGAGCACGGAGUUCGCAUUCCAUUGCAGGCGAGAAUGGCGGGGCAAAAAUACAUAGAUAAAGUGACUCUCACAGAUAUAUUGCUUGCAGAGCAGAUCGACGCAAUCGCAAUCGUACGCGAUCAACGUGCCUUCCGACACGACUGUGGGUGGCCUACAUACCGAGACAGCUUGAGCGUGUUCACUGGCUGGGGCUGCAGUCAACCCGGCCGCGCCGGCACCACUCUGGCUGCAGAGCACUCUACUCUACGCGGGGUGGGGGGAGAGAGGAGGUCCUCUCAGCCCGCGCCCAAGGCCCAAUGGUGCAAUAAUCCGGCGUCGCAACACUCCUCUCAUAUGGGGCUUGGACACCCCUGGCCCCCGGAUCCUGAUUGACGAAUGAUCAGCGGCGUGACGUGCAGCCAGACAAUCAGCAUGCACGAACCCCGCGCGUUCCCCUCUCUGUGUGUUACCUCUCCGCUUUCUCCUCUCCUCCAUCGUGUCUUGCUGUCCUGGCCCACCCGUAUAUAUCUCCCCUCCGCUGUCCUCCUUCAUCGCCCGCUCAUCCUCUUCCUCUACAUCCUCCAUCGUCACCAGUACAUCCAUCCUCACGCCACCCGCCAGCCGGCCAGUCACAAUCAGCCUAAAAUUGUCCGAUAACGUCUCCGACGCAAC